GCCGAGUUUAUUCCCUGAUAACCCAUAAUACCUCAUUUCACCUUAUCGCUCCCCCGCUGAUACACCGUUUGGUUUGGCUCUAUUGCCUCUUCCUGUCUAGACAUCGUCUCAAACUUCUCGUUCUCGCUGGCCCAAAACCAACUCGUGUAGACGUUGGUACCAUGUUGAUGAUUGAUAGCCGGACGCAGUAGGAGGAACCUGAAAAUGCGAACGAAGAUGGAUGAAAAGAACUGGGAUCUUCAUAGGAACUGCACCUACCCCCCCACUGCGGUCCACCUCGAUGAUUGAAUGAUUGACUCCCCUCUACUCUAGCUUCGGUUCGUUUUUCUCCGUUUUCGUAGAAGAUCGCGUUCUCACACCGCCCAACUCGAGGGGAAGAGCCGGUCUCAAAGUAAAAGGACAGCAGGCAGCACGAACCUUAUCCGGGCUGUCACGGGCGGGACGAUCGAACAUGUGGUCUGUUGUGCUCCGCAAGGCGGUGUAUCACUUUGGCGUGCUUCAGGCGUUCUCUGGUCUAGCUUUUCCGCCUUUCUGCGACUUCGAGGACGACAUUCAUGUGGCUCAAAAGAUAGAAGAUCAAGAUCAUUUGCUCCUCGGUGCAGCAAGGACCGCCGGGGAAGUAGCGUUGGGCGAAGAUUCUUGUGUGGAGGGUUUUGCGUAUCAAAAUCGUGUUCUGAGGAGACAGAACGCAAGAUCCACUUCUACACGGUCUAGUCGCUGUGGUGGACAUGAAAAAGGGAAUGAAGCUGGAGGCGUUGCCCUUAGGCAACCAAAGAAAACAACAUCAGCCAUGACGAGGACUCUGUCAAGAAGAACAUUUUUAAUGGCAUACGCCGUGGUUCUCGACCGCAGUACGCCGUGGGUCUCGACCGCAGAAGAGACCCGACCGACUCCCCGCAGAAAAAAAUCGCUUCUGCAGAGGGGCAAGAGCAGCGCAUUUAUUUUAACGCCUCCAUCAUUGACCUCGACUGUGAGUAAUCCUCAUAAAAAUAGGAUUGCGGCAGAAAGAGGACAUAGACGGGCGCUCCGCCGCACAGAAGGACGAGGGUUUACGCAAAAAGUGGAAGUAGAUAAGAUCCUCCAGCAUCAAGAAGCUUUUCCCGCACCACUGCUGGCACAACAUCUUCAUCACCAGGACCACCACGCUGGCAGCCUGAACAAAGCAGGCGAAGAACAAGCUGCAAAAAAGGACGUCAAAACGGAGCAAGUCGAAGUCCCCUUUCACCCAGACUUUUUCGACGCCCGAAUCAGCGAGCGCAGCACGGCGGCGUCCGCGGAGGGGAAUGAUAUUUUUAGCGGUUCAACAUCUACUUCCACCGGUCCUCGCGCGCCGCUGGACUACGGAACCCACUGGGUGGGGCCCGAAUGGUCUGAGUCCCGCUACGGGACGGAUCCCAUGCAGGGAACUUUUCUCACAGGAACGGAAAAAGUGGAAAACUCGACCAACACCUGCACUGAAGUAGCCAACUUUGACCCGUUCGCCGGCGGAUACUGGUGGGAGAUAAGGUGGAAAACCAGUUCUGACGUCUCAGCGGAGGCGGGGGGAGACGGAGAACAAGUACAACAAGCUGCUGGAGGCAGCGCCUCUGAUGUGUUAACAUCAAGUGUAUUAAAAACGAACAGCGCCCGAUACGUUUACACUAUACGGUUUUUCAACCGGCGUGGGAAAGAGCACGAGCUGAAUCACGCGUACUUGUACGUCGACGACGAGCACCUGCCGCACCAAGGGAUUCCCAUUGGCGCGAUCUCGUCCGCGCCCGCGAAUGUGAGUGUCGGCCUGUUUACCACCGGUGGGACGGUUGUGCAAGUCGGCAAAGUAGUGCGGGAAAAGCUGCGCAUUUGGAAGUCGAACGCCUUCAGCUUAUGUGGGAUUUUCGUGUACGGACUGAUGCAGCGCUACCCCAGCUCCGCACUCCGCGCGACCCAAGAGUCAAACGGCGACCACGUUUUUCCGCGGGAUAACGGGGCGGCUAUCUGUCCGAUUGACCCGCAUUGGUACGAGUUCGGCCGGUGGCCGGUGGCACUCUCGCACACCGCGGCGGGUGGGGGCAACCGGGGCAGGUACUGGCAACUGGAAUUCGCGGAUAGGGAGCCGCACUACGUGGAUCUUAUCGGAAGGAAAAAGCUUCUGCAGUUUCACGACUGUGAUAAAAACAUUUUUCAUAAAAUUGCAGAGCAGGAUACUAGUGCAAAAGAAUAGAGACAGAACAGCUUUGUCUUGCUCUUGCAAUGUCUAUGUUUCUACCUUUAAAUAACCGUCGUGUUUGAAGUACUUUCGAUCCUUUGGCAGGUCAUUCGCGCGCUCAUAUGUUUGUAUUCCACGACCGCACGUCGAAGGCAGGCCUGUCUCUGUCGUGCGAAAGAAGCAAGUAUGUAGUUCCUCUCCUUUUAAAAGCAAUAUCAUAAAGCUGCGGUAUAGAGGAAACCCUACUUUUUCCUUUCGAUAGCCUAGAUCCGACUGUUGAACCGGCGCGACUGUUGUCCGGAUCGGCUGGAUAGACUCUACGUGUACUUCGACGAGGAGGCGGACAAGAUCCCCGCAGUACACGAAGCCUUCGCCCUAAACGACGGCACCCACACGGUCGGGGGCGGCCGCGAGAUCGCGGCCGCGCCCUGGGGCAGUAUGGUGAGGAUCGAGCGGUCGUUUCGCAAGAUGAAACUGCAGAACACGGGCGGUACGUUAGAGUUCGUCGUGUCGCUUUCCGGGAUUGAUGUGUAUGCCGAUACGACAGUGGACCCAACAGGAAGGAUUUUGGAGGUAGUUUCAGAAAAUCCGUGGACGAGGAGUACAACUAGCAGUAGUUCUACGAGCAGUUCUACGACCACCUCCUCCUCUUUGAGCAACAUCUCCCCGGCGGCAGUUUCUGGCACCUCCGAGGAGAUCACUUCAGUUUCAGCGCAGCCAGUCGAUGUUGUUGUUGAGAAGGAGAUGGUAAAUGAUCCUCUCCCUCAGCCUGAGGGAGAGCCUGUAGUUCUUGGCGGUCAAGAAGAGGAAGAACAUGUUGAAAAACAAGUCUCAUCCUCGACCAGCACCACAACCAUAACUAUUCCGACCCCGCCACCAGCGACGCCGUCGCCGGAGUCCACUGCCGAGACGCCGACGCCGCCUGGGCCCUCCUCGGGCGAGUCAGAGGAUCAGGACGGGGUGAAGAAAGUGGCGGAGCCCACGACCGAGAAGGCCGCGCCUGGGCCCUCCUCGCGCGAGUCAGAGGAUCAGGACGUGGUGAAGCGCCAGACAGAUCAUAACGUGUAUCAAGGAGCUCCUGUUCAUCUUGAAGCCCAUGAUGCAAAGGAAAGUGACACAGAGGAACAUGAUUCCGAAGUAGAGGGGACUCCAUUGAGCAAUUCGGCGGACAUCACACCCUUGCUGGGAGAUGGUGCGGAAAGUAGAACUGACCAGGUUGCGUCGCAGGUGCAGAACAAGAUGCAGAGCAACUAUUUGCUUCCCCCGGACCUGAUGCAGACGCUAGCGCUCUUGGGGAGAGAUGCAAAAAAAGAGAGCAACAGCACGGAAGAAACGGGAGGAGGUGCGGGAGGAGACAGCACAGAGAACAACACCGAGGCAGCGUGCCUGCGUAUUGCACUCAUCGCAGUCAUAGCUAUCGAUCGAGAAACGAAACUACAAACCUGCAGUAGGUGAUGUUCAUGCGCCACUUUCAUUCAUUUGGAUUUGUCGCGCAAAUUGAGCACGGUAGUUUGUGGAGCGACUGCUUUUGUUUAAGGAAGUGAGCAAAGAGCAUUCUGGCUGCAUAGAAGAAAAAAAAGCUUUUGUGCAAGUGGAGGUCCUGCUCUGUUGUGCAUGAUGCAGAGCUUACGUCUUUCUCUUUUUGUCAUCUGAUUUCGGUCGCACCAGCUGCUUCUCCUGCUCAUGCGUAUGCAAAUGUAUGAAGGGGAAAGAUGACCCAUGGGGCUGUAGUAAGUAGUUUAUGUUUGGUUUGAUAAUGGGUGGUGUGCUGGUGGUGUGCACAGUGUUCGUGAUUGCGUUCCACAUCGGAGAAGAGCACGAUCGGGAAGAUCAUGCAGGGGGAGCACCGAUACUAGCGGCAGGGGCUGCUUCGCGGACCAGCGCAUUUCUAAAUACUUUUGUGGCAGACGGGGCAGCUGCCUCCUCGUCGGGCUUUGAUCCGGAUUCGGGUCAACUGGAGGAGGAUGAAGAACGAUUCACUUUCGGGAAAUUGUAGCUGGUUUUAGGGCAAAAAAAUCUUUUUGCAGUUUUAUUCCGCUGAGCUGACAAGAAUGAACGUGAACGUGAUUUACGACCGCUGUCUUGGGAUGUUCUCGCAAGGUCUAAAGCGGUCGGGUGGCUACGUAUUUUUCUUACCAAAAAAACAAAAAGUAUUUGCUGUUGAUUUAGGCCUUUCGUUUUUAGGAAAAAAUCAUCACAGAAGGGGGCGAUGAGACACACUGUGAAUCUUGUUGGAGCCCGAAGUCGCAAAUCACAAAAAACGCUAAUGUUUUUUUAGAUAUCAUGGGUAUAAUCAGAGAUGUGCUCAUGUUCUUCCUUGUAGCAGCG